GGAACCGUCAGUUUUUUUAGAAGGAAGAGCUUAGACAUUAAAGAGAAACGCGCUCGUGUGUGCCAGUUGAUCAGAGUGAAGAUGGCAGAAGGAAAACUUGGUGCAAACAUUGGGGGUAACCUCGGCACGGGAGCUGGCAUCCUGGCCAAACGCUUUCAGAAAUCAAUGAACCGCGCUCAGGAGAAGGUUUUGCAGAAGUUGGGGAAAACCAUGGAGACGAAAGAUGAGCAGUUUGAAGAUUGCGCUAACAACCUGAACAGACAGCAGGCAGAUGGAAUCAAGCUUCAUAAGGAUGUUAAGGCUUACCACAAUGCAGUUAAAGCGAUGCAUGAGUCGUCCAAACGCCUGUCCCAGACACUUAAAGAUAUAUAUGAAUCAGACUGGGAUGGUGUAGAAAACCUGACUUCCAUUAUGCAGUGUGAGGAUCUACUUUGGAAUGACUAUGAGGAAAAGAUGAACGAUCAAGUAGUUAGGACAAUGGAAAAUUACACCGGACAGUUCCAAGAAGUCAAAGAAAGAGUAGCCAAACGGGGAAGGAAGCUGGUGGAUUAUGAUUCAGCUCGCCAUCAUCUGGAGGCCCUACAGACCACAAAGAAGAAAGACGAGGCCAAAGUAGCCAAGGCUGAGGAGGAGUUCUAUAAAGCACAGGAGGUAUUUGAAGACAUUAACAAAGAGUUGAGAGAGGAACUGCCUGUUCUUUAUCAAAGCCGUAUAAGCUGUUAUGUCACAAUGUUCCAGAACAUCUCAAACCUGCGGGACGUCUUUUACAAGGAAAUGAGUUCGUUGAAUCACAACAUUUAUGAUAUAAUGAAGAAGCUUGAGAAUCAGCAUUCCACAAAGCCCUUCGUCAUGAAAGACCUUAACAGCUCGAAAUCUAAAAAGAGAAAAUCUGUUACCAUUUCGGCUCCAAUCCCAUGUAACACUGCCUUCCCUUCGGAUAACCCAGCCAUGAGCAAGCUUAGCAUGCCUGACACUCUCAAGCACAUGGACAAUCAUUCAGAUGCUCUCUCAAAGGGCACAGGAAGCACAACAUCUGAAAUAUCAGACUCUGAGUCUAACUCAUUUGACAGCGAACCCAACACACCCAAACGGCUAUCAUUGUGCUCAGAGGGUAAAGGGGUCAAAUCUGAAGCAUCCGCUGACCACACAAUGACAACUACAACUGAGGAGAUGGUGCAUGCGAAUGGUCAGAAGCAUUCGAUUCAGAGUUUGGUGUCCAGUGAGGGAGGUGAAGAUGAAGAAUCUGAAGCAACUUCUGAAGAUCCAUAUGUGCCAAAAGACACCCAACACACAUCUACAGUUGUAGACAGUGAAUUUAAGAUCUCAUUGGGCGACGAAGACGAAGAAGAAUCCGUUCCUGUUCCUGCUCCUCGACGAUCCAGCACCUCCAAGAAAACUGAGGGAGACGAGAAUCAAAAUAUUGGAGGGAGCAAAAAAGUGGGGGAAGUGGAUGUUGUGAAAGACCAAAAAGAAGAUUAUGAAAACCCACCUGGCUUCCUCUACAAGGCUGUAGCGCUUGAAUGUCAGGACUCUGAUGAAGGUAUGCUUCUGCAGUUUGAAAAGGAAGAUGUGAUUCUUGCAUUUGUUGACGAUGAAGAAAAGCCAGAGGGCACCGUCUGGGGUGUGAGAGAGCAGGAUUGGAUUCAGUACAAGGACCUUACACUUCUAUCAGGCACUGUUGAGGAGACUAUGAUCCGGCAAAUCCCUUCUGACUAAGACAUGUCAUGAAGUCGCUUCAUGCAGGUUAGGACACGAGAUGGCAUUAUAUGGACCACAUGUCCAUAUUGACUGCCUGUUUGAGUGCCCAAGAUGUUGUAAUAUGAACUCUAUCUGCUCUUUGUUCUAGACAUCCUAGAAGAUUUGAUUUCUGUAGUAGGCCUAUACAAUGUUCUUGCAGCUUCCUUUUGUCUCAGGACUAAACACAGCUGCACAUUUAGAUGAUCUUCUUUGUGCCUUUUAUGAGUUCUUAAACUGAGUACUGCAUUUGUGCUUUAUGUGUGGUUUAAAAGUUUACUAGAAUCUUCAAUUUCAUGUGCAAGAAUGUGUCAGGAGUACACUGACGGGUAUACUAUGCAAAAAAUAUUUUAAAAUGAAAAUGUUUUCUAUUGAAAUAAGUAUUAAUGUAUUGUCUGUUGUGUAUUGUAUUAUUUACAGUGUUAAAGUUUUAUGCUUAGCAAGAGAUUACCAAGCUUUGUAGAAUGUUUACAGGAUAAAAAUAGCUUAUAUGAGUAUAGGCAUUUCAUGACUGUGAAAAAGUUUCAUAUAUGAACAAAUUAUAUACAAUUUUGUGCGUUUUUCUACAAUAAAGUUGACAUGUGAAAAAGAA